CUCCCCACACCGACAAGACCGACAGAUAGGCAGGCUGGCGAGCUCCCCGGAGAAGGAGAAGCUAGGGGGAGGAGUUAAUCACUGUCUGUCAGAGUGGUUACCGGAGUGAACGAGGCGGUCCCAGAGUACCUCGUGUCCAAUAGAAUGCGACGCUCCUUGUGUCGCUAUGGUGACGGGGUUGUGCCCAGAGAGGCUGUGAUGGGUUGACAGGUGCGUGACAAUCGGAGCUCUCUGCAAGCAUGUACGCCAAAGGCAAGAGUAACAGCGUACCGUCCGACAGCCAGGCCAGGGAAAAGUUAGCGCUAUAUGUUUAUGAAUAUUUGCUCCAUGUAGGAGCACAGAAAUCGGCACAGACAUUUCUGUCAGAGAUAAGAUGGGAGAAAAAUAUCACAUUAGGGGAACCUCCUGGAUUUCUCCAUUCUUGGUGGUGUGUUUUUUGGGACCUCUAUUGUGCUGCACCUGAGAGACGAGAGACAUGUGAACAUUCAAGUGAAGCAAAAGCCUUUCAUGAUUAUAGUGCCGCUGCAGCCCCCAGCCCGGUGUUAGGAAGCAUUCCCCCAGGAGAUGGCAUGCCAGUGGGGCCUGUUCCUCCAGGAUUCUUUCAGGGACCUCCCGGUUCACAGCCUUCACCACACGCACAGCCUCCACCCCACAAUCCCAGCAAUCCCAUGAUGGGCCCUCACGGUCAGCCGUUCAUGUCGCCUCGAUACCCGGGAGGCCCUCGGCCACCUCUCAGAAUACCCAAUCAGGCACUUGGUGGUGUCCCAGGAAACCAAGCUUUAUUGUCAAGUGGGAUAGAUCCAACAAGGCAACAAGGGCAUCCUAACAUGGGUGGACCAAUGCAAAGAAUGACACCUCCUCGAGGCAUGGUUCCUCUUGGACCACAGUCUGAUCCUUGGUUAUCAUUGCAGAGUUAUGGCGGAGGAAUGAGACCCCCUCUGAAUGCUUUAGGUGGUCCUGGAAUGCCUGGCAUGAAUAUGGGUCCAGGAGGUGGUAGAGCUUGGCCAAAUCCCCCCAGUGCUAACUCAAUACCAUACUCUUCUGCGUCUCCUGGGAAUUACGUGGGUCCGCCGGGAGGAGGGGGCCCACCAGGAACUCCAAUAAUGCCCAGCCCAGCAGAUUCUACCAAUUCUGGAGACAACAUGUACAUAAUCAAUCCUGUUCCACAGGGAGGAAACCGGUCUAAUUUCCCAAUGGGUCCUGGGUCAGAUGGUCCGAUGGGAGGAAUGGGGGGAAUGGAGCCCCAUCAUAUGAACGGGUCAUUAGGCUCAGGAGAUAUGGACAGCAUUUCCAAGAACUCUCCUGGUAAUAUGAGCAUGACUAAUCAACCAGGCACUCCACGGGACGACGGAGAGAUGGGUGGGAACUUCCUCAAUCCUUUUCAGAGUGAAAGUUACUCUCCAAGCAUGACCAUGAGUGUGUGAUUGACUGCCCUCAAGGAGGAAUCUGAAGAGAAGAUUUAUUUAUCUUGUGUACAGUUAACAGAGGAUCUUCAUCUGAGCCCACUGUUUCCUCUAUCAGUUUUGUGAAGAAAGUGGGUCCAAACCUCUUUUUUCCCCCUUUUACAUUUUUAAGACUGAAAUGCAUUUUAAAAAUCACCAUGAUUUGAACUGCUAAAUGAUCAUUUGUAUAUAUCCCAUUAAGCUGUUAUAUGGAUCAAGAGUAAUCAAAACUUCUUUUAAGUAGAAAAAAAAAGACUUUUUUAUUCCAUUUUUGUUCUUUAAACGUUUACAUAUUUUAAGCCUGACACAGUCUUUUUAUUUUUUCUCUACUUGGAAGUUCAUGUUGUACUGUGUAUACCACUGUUAAAUAAGUUAUUUUGUAGUCAGAAAAUACGAAUGAUACUGGUUGUAUAAUAUUGGGAGGAGGAUUUGUUCCCUUUUUGACUGUUUCAUUGUGCUUAUCCUGUGAAUGAACAGCUCUGUCUUUAUCAAGAAACAAAAGAAAGCCUGAGCUUGUGUCAGCAUGUGGAAAUUGUUAAUAUUUAACUGAAAUUAUAGCAGAUACUUAGUGCAGCAGUAACAAUCACUUGCACAUUUCCCUCAUCCAGGGUUCAGCCUGCAAUGGAUGUCUGGAUUAUUUGAGCCCUGACUCUGUAAAAGACCAAAUUUAUAAGUAUUUCUACUACUUGGAGAUGUAACCAUUUUUAAACUAUAGCCUAUGGCAGUUCACAAAAGAUUGUGAAUGGAGUGUUCAAUAUAAGGUAAUAAUUUAAAAACAGAUAUUCUGUGGCUCUUCUUUUACAAUGAGUCUAUGGCACUUUUCCUCAUUUUCUUGAAGUUUAUUGGAUUAAAACAUUUUUUAAAGGCAAUUUGUACAAUUUUUUAAGUAUGUGUUUAAUGUGGAAAUUUUACUAAAAGAUUAGGAAACAUUUGAACAUUCUGACAACAAAAAUUUAAUAUACAAGCAAAUACCUCUAGAUGUUUAUCCUGUUCUGUAGACCUUCUCUCUUCUGUACAAAUUUUCUGUCUUUAGGAGCAGAAGCCUUCCAUUUUUCUCUACUUUUAAAUAACAUUUAUGUUUUAACUGAUUCCAGUGCUUGGGUUGAAAUAAUAAAAGGUAAGAAGGGGAGAAGUCGAGCAACUUGCCAUAAUAUGAAAGAGUUUUCUAAUAUUGGAUAAGUAAAGGUACAGCAUUUGAAAAAUAAUAUUAAUUAGAGGAGGAGGGCACUGGCUGGAGAUGAUUUGGUUUAUAUUGGGGAUAAUUCUUUCUAUCUUAUUUCCCUUACAUUUAAUUAUAUGUGUAAUAUAUUGUGAAAAAAGUAUUACAAAUUCUCAUGUUAUGCAAGUAAUUAACUAAUAAGAUCUACUCCCUUGAUUGUUGUUGUUGCUGUAGUUGUAGGUUGGGAGAAGGUACUGAUACAGCGUGUUGCUGCACCCACCACACAAUGCAAAUUAAGAAUUAGUCACUCAUUCAGACAGAUGACAAGAGGCAUUAAAAAAAUACACAAUAAUUUUCUAACAUCCUUUAUUCAGUUCAGGUUUUGGAAAGCUGUUGCACAUACUGGCAAAAAUCCUGGGUGGAUCACCAGUCCUUCUCAAGGCUCAUUUACACACACCCCAUUCGUUCAGACUGAGCCAGUUUGGAGUCGCCAGUAAAUGUAAUGUGCACAGUUUGGCAUGCGGGAGAAAAACUAUACUACUGAGAGAAAAACCCACACACACAUGGGGAGAAUGUACAAAGGCAGUCGAGGACCCAACAUUCGAACCCAGGACUGUGGAGCUGUGAGGCAGCAGCAUUAACCACUGUGCCACCUUGAUUUAAAAAUGGGUUCAAAAAAACAAAAUGCCUUUGUGUUUACUAGUUCUUACAUUUUGAACUUUCCUAAGAUUAAUUUCUUUGUGCUUUGAUGUUCCUUAUUCUAUAUGAAUUUAAUUUGUGAAAGGUUAAGUUAUUUUUCAGGUACCGAAUUCAACAAGGUACUGAAGAGUGUGGCAUGUAAAAAUUCCUUUUUCUCUCAAUUAUUUAGUUAAGAUCAUAUUUUCCUCCUUCAUUUUAGGCAGUACUUUUGCAGUAAUAUUUUACAGUUUCUGUCAUUCUUUUGAGAACUAUGUGAUUUCUCCAAUUAAAAAGACAUUCAUUAUGGAAUUUGCUUUCAUUCUGUAUUCUAAAGCUUCAUUCACAUUUGCAAGUUAUAUUAAUGUUAAUCCAGUAGCAUACAAAAAGAUUGUGAUAGCUGUUUUCUAAAUUCAUACACUUGUAGCUCCGUGUUUGUAUUGCCAUUGAUUUAUUCUUUGCUUUUGAGACCCAAUACUAAAAUAUGUUGUAUGUACAACAGUAACUACACUACAGUUUAGUUACUGAAGGUGCAGAUGUAACAAUGUGAAAUGUCGUCUAGUAACCCAAUGCACUUUUUGCUACAUAAAAUGUGCUUACCAUCUGGUACAUGAGAAUUAUAUUUACCACAUAAAUAAAUAAAUAAAUUAUUCUGAUGGAAAAAAGAAACACUAAUUUCUGGAGUAAGAAAAGUAUAAUUGUAAAUUUGAAUACAUUUCACAAAAUGACCAACAACACAGCUUGUGCAGCCAGGCAUUGCAACAUGUCAAAUACCGCAGAGUUUAAAACAAUAUUAAAUUAAAGAGUGAUAACAAUGCAGGUAUACAGACAAACAAUAACUUUGUAUAAUUUUAACGUUUAACCCCGGAUGGAAUUGAAGAGUCGCAUAGUGUUGGGGAGGAACGAUCUCCUCAGUCUGUCAGUGGAGCAGGACAUUGACAGCAGUCUGUCGCUGAAGCAGCUCCUCUGUCUGGAGAUGAUACUGUUCAGUGGAUGCAGUGGAUUCUCCAUUAUUGACCGGAGCCUGCUCAGUGCCCAUCGGUCUGCCACAGAUGUCAAACUGUCCAGCUCUGUGCCUACAGUACAGCCUGCCUUCCUCACCAGUUUAUCCAGGCGUGAGGCGUCCCUCUUCUUUAUGCUGCUUCCCCAGCACACCACUGCGUAGAAGAGGGCGCUCGCCACAACCGUCUGAUAGAACAUCUGCAGCAUCUCAUUGCAGAUGUUGAAGGACGCCAGCCUUCUAAGGAAGUAUUUUUAACAGUAUUCAUUAUUUAAACAGAAUUAACGAUUUAUCUGUAAAACGUAAUAUACAUACUUUUAUGCAUUUUAUCAUGAAAGUGAUAUCAAGUAUACAUCUAAGGAUUCUAAAUGUGCAGAGAGUUGGAAUAUCAUACAUUUAGUGUGUUCUGUGUGGUGACCUAUUGCUGUUUGCCGCUGCUGUCAGGUCAAGAGGAAGUCCCAGAAAAAAAAGACGGCACAAAAUAUGGUAUGUGAGGCUUUUAAAAUGUAUCGUGUCAUUACGAUCGGGAAUAUGCGACACUUGAAUAUAAAAGCACCACAAAUGCAUCUUUAUGUCAGCAUUUUGCUUCACCACAUUGAACCAUUCAUGAAACAUCGAAGCACACACAUCGAUCCCUUAGGAUCCGCAUAGAGGCCUUUUUGCCACAUUAUGUCACAUUCCAACUUUUAUCACAUUGCGCCCCUGACUUUUUGCUGGUACUGCAACUCGCGCAUGUGUCACAUUAAUCUCAGAGGAUGCAUCAAAUGAAUGCUUGGCAGCCAUGAUGCGGGCGCAUACGCAUUCUGAGCGUGACGUAUAAAUGAGCCCUAUGAAUUAAUCCAGUCCACUCUAUCCCAACUUAAGGUAAGGUUGAAGUUCUAGAUGUCCUCAAGUGACCACACCACAGCAGGACUGACAUAACUGAGCGAUCAUUUUAGGUCUGUUUCUGAAACACAAUGCCCACUCAGUUAUUUACUCCAUGGUUCUGGCCUGAGAGCAAAUCCCAUUGUCACACCUCCUUCACUACCUGACCCUAUAUAGCAGAAUAGUGCCAGACCACUCAUAACUGCUGUGGUCACAACUGUCUUGAGGAAUGCUGGUGUGUAGCUGUUCUUCUGGCUUAUGUUUUCCUUUGACCAUAACCCCCAUGGAGCAUGCUUGGAUGCCCUGGAUCACAACAUCUGGCAAUUUGACCCUUUUUGUGCUAGUGGCCAAAAAUUUUUUCAGGUCCUUUUGCAAAAAUGAGAUGCCACCCUACAAUUGCCAAUUUUGUGACUGAUUGGCUGAAGCAGCGGCGACUGAACACAAGAUACUGAAGGACUACAAGAUGAUUGUUGUUCACAGAUGUAAUUGUUUUCCUAUUGUUUUGUUCUCAUACUACUAUUUUAUUGUAAUUUCAGCAAUGAAGGUUGAAAUUUCAGUCCAACAACAAGUGUUUAUUCUUUUUCUAUCAGUAUAUACAGUACAAGGUGGCACACAAGAAAAUAGCCUGGUGUUAUUAUUGAUGUCAUUAAAGUUUCAUUAGUAAUAAAAGAAUAACAGAUGAUAUACAGUAGUACACUUUAAAAGUGAUUUGUUAUUUUAUUAUUGUUAGAGAAUGUUAUUAAAGAAUGUUACUGACCAUUUUAAAUACUGUACUGAAAAUGGUCUCUGCCAGCAGUGAUGCAAAAUUCUGCUCCAUAUAACAUUCAUAAUACACCCAUUUAUUGUGAUUAUCGCCAUGUAAACUUAUGAUUAGCUUUUGGCAUAUGAUCUGCAGUAUCAGCCACAACCUCUGUGGUCUGGGUUGAAGUGUCUCUGGGUUUCAGUGCAUUGUUCACAGGACCAGUAAUCCACCACUUGUUCACCAAUUGCUGAAUUGUGCAUGUUGCAGGCGCACUCUCACCGAUUUUCACUAAUCCUUCACAUGUCUACAUGAAAGGAUCUGCAUGAACAUACAAUUUCUCAAUUGAAAUAUGCUGUUCCAAUGAAUAAUGCCAUGUCUUCUCUCUAGCACAUACGCAGGUAAAUGAAUUGACUCAGCAGAACGCUGUGCUUACUGAGUUCCCGCUAGCUUUGCUGGCUUAGUGAGUGAGGGGAUGCUUUUUUGUGCACCACUCAGUAGUAUCACACCAGGUGUCAUUUGAAGUUUGUUGUUUUGAAGCUUACGGCUAUCCAGCUAUAUGGAAAACAAUGAUAAACUGAAAUACGGUUACCCAUUUACCUUAAGGCUUUCUUCUGUUUCUUGUUGUUAACCUCUGCUCUUUUAUCAAACAAACCACUUAAAUUUUCGGUGAUUUUUUUUUUUUCUCACAGAAGAUCGUAACUUGGGAACUCUGAAUUACUUCAGAAACAUGUUAAAGAAGGUUUUCAGAUUGUUCUUUUAUGAGCUACACGUCAAGCUUUUCUGACUUGCCAAUGUAAGGAAUUCUCUUUUGUAAAAUAGAAAAAAAAAUGCCACAUUUUUUUUCCAUUUGUAAUGCGUUUUACGUUUCAGUGUUCUGCUUCUGUAAAUACAUUUGAGAAGUAUAAUAUGAAUUUUUGAGCUUCCUGAUUUCAAUAUGACAGUCUUCUGACUUGUUUGGUAAUGCCUUGUUGGUAAAACAUCAGUGCAGAUGUUUGCACUUAA